AUGGUAGAAGCUAGACUGAAAAGAGAGGUGAGGAUCAGUGAGGAACAAUAUGGUUUCGUGCCAGGAAGAGGUACUACAAAUGCAAUAUUUACUUUGAGAAUGUUGAUAAAGAAGCACAGAGAAGGUCAGAAGGAGUUGCAUUGCGUGUUUGCAGACUUAGAGAAGGUUUAUGACAGGGUGCCGAGAGGGGAGUUGUGGCAUUAUACGAGGAAGUUGGGAGUAGCAAAGAAGUAUGUAAUGGUGGCAAAGGACAUAUAUGACGAGAGCGAAACAGCAGUGAGGUGUGCAGCCGCGAUGACUGAGGGUUUCAAGGUGGAGUUUGCGGACGACUUUGUGUUAUGUGUUUGGAGCCGGGAGGAAGUUGAGGAGGAGCUGGAAAGAUGGAGAUAUGCACUGGAGAGAAAAGGAAUGGAAGUAAGCAGGAGCAAGACGGACUAUGUGUGUUCAAAUGAGAGAGAUAGCUUGGAAACAGUGAGGUGGCGAAGGUCAAUGAAGUCAACUACUUGGGGUCAACCGUACAAAGGAAUGGAGAUUGUGAUAGAGAAGUAA